AUUGCCUGGUUUUGUUCUACUAACUUGCUACUGCUGCGCCACCACCAACCAAUUACGAGCAAGCAGACUGAAAAGUAGUUCCAGACCUUAUUUGAAUACAUGUUCAUGUGUCAUUACUACAGUGUUCAACUAGCCAAUCGGAUUACAUCUCCCAUAAUGCAUUGGGCUUUGUAGGUGGCAGCAGCGUCCAGUGACUUCACAGUGUGAUACAAUGGCUAUCUCACAUUGCAGAAAGUCAGUCACCGUGCUAAUGCCCUCCCUUCUCCAAUGCCACCGCAGUCACUGCACUGAUGAAGAUGAUUGGUCUGAGACCACGGUGAAGCGCACAGUCAAAGAUCUCCUUAAGGAGUACAAUCAACCUGUACUAGCCAAGAUAAGUCCGCUGGCGCAGUCCGCCAUCUCGAAGAUAGCAAACAAUAAGUACGAUGCCAGGAUCAGCAGAGAGAAAUGCCGGAGCUUCGCCAGGUGGUACAAACAAUUCAUCACGAAGGAAAAAUAUGAGCGUGUGCCGCCGACGACGCGGCUGGCCGCCGACAGCCGGCUGACGUUUCACCCGGAGUACGAGCUGCCGCUGAUGCGCAGCUGGUACCACCGCUGGCGCAACCCGACGCUCGUGCAGCUGCAGGAGAACCUCAACGAGCUGAACAGCGGCCCGUUCAGGCAGGACCGGCCGAAGGUGACGCUGCUCAAGCUGAAGAACUGGUGGAAGAACGAGCGGCAGCGCGAGCGCAACAAGAGCGGCAAGAAGACGGACGGCAAGGGCAGCAGCAGCGAGGAGAACAACUCGAUGGACGUCGAAGUCGAGAAGCUCGAAUCUCCGCACCUGGCAGCACAGGAGCAGCGGCAAGAUCCGAACGUGUCCAUUGAGGGCAGGAGCGGUGGCGGCCCCGGCAGAGGCGGAGGACGUGGUGGCGGCGGCGGCGGCGGCGGCGGAGGAGGUGGCGGAAUGGCCGCAGAUAACGAUCACACGACGCUGACACCACUCAUGCCUGUCAUGCAGUGGCAGGACUGCUGACACAUGCCUGUACCUGCGUACCACAACUUCAGUCUCAUCUUCAGACCCGGUCCGUGGUCGGAAACCAGCUUCAACAAUGCCCAGAGGACGUGGCCAGAAACUGGCUACGACUACGGGCCACGGAAUUGGCCCACUACUAGGUACGAUAAUCGGCCAUGAUAUAUAGCAACAUAAGCGCGCAAGCCAGCGCGUACGUGCAUACAACAACAGGGGAUAUGUGCGGUUAUAUAUUGAGAGUCCAGAAUUCCGAAAGAGCAUUACUUAGUUCAGGCCUCAGAAGUUAUGGUACACAGUUACAGAAACGUAAAUUGUAUGGAUUUGUAUGAAAUUGUGAGCAGCUCUAGAUCUGUUUUAGACUAUAUAGGUUGCAGUGUGUCUAGGUUUAGAAACUAGGUUUCACAUAUGUAUUCGAAAACGUUGAGUAGGAUAAGUCACUAUACAGUAUUAUGCCAUGUUAUUAUUCAAACCAGUCGUUAGCUUGAAUUACAUAACAAUGAAGAAAGGUUUAUCGAUACUAACUUCUGUACCUCAACCGUGUCAUUUUAAAAUCUGUGCAUCUGUCGGCACAUCGAACACGGACAUAUCUGUUUCAUAUACAUUUGUGCAGAUGAAGUGUGAGAGUGCGUUGCAGCUCUCCCCCUCCCUCCCUCCCUAGCCCUCUCUCUUUCUCUCUGUCUAGUUUCCUUUUCCUCAUUGUUAGUCCUGGAAAUUAGUUAUACAUAGACGUUCUAAAGGGGCUGUCUAAAAUGCGUUAGAAUUGGCUGAUGUCAUUCAUCUGAUCAUACGCCCACAUAAACUAAACUGUAUAAACGAAGUCGAUGUUUCCAUUGUAACAUCAGUAUCACACUGUCUUGAGAACUGCUGGAAAUUUGUUUAUGAAUUGCCAGUUUGAGUUCACGACUCUACAUGUGAUUUUGUACGACGUUAUUGCAACUGUCUCCAGUAAUUCAGAUUCCAAUUUUUUAAAUAAAACAAGUAAUCCCAGCAGUUGAUCAUCAGGUGUGGCAAAGCUAUGUAUCAACAUAGCAAGGGGCAUUAUUAUGGUGUCUGGUACUAACGGUUGAUCCGUCUAGUAUGUUCUUCGUGCUGUAAUUAACAUGCUGCGUAGAAUCAUGUCAUACUAUACUACGCUUUUAUUUUUGCCUUUGUUUAUAAUUCAUAUAUAAUAUUCAAUGGAUAACGUGCAAGCAUGAAUUGUGCAUACUUAUUUGCCUUGCUGGCAUAGUAUGUAAAAGCUUCAUUCUCUGUUUAUGUGUUUGUAUAAAAUGCUGCCUACUGUACACGUUAUAUAUUCUAUAGUAUGUAUAAUUAUAUAUUAUAUAGUAUAUAUAAGAUGCUGUUGCUGCAGCAGUUUUAUAUUCGUAAUUGUAUCAUCGAUGACUUAAUUUAAUAAACUUUCAUAUCAUGUUCAGCAAACUUAACUUAUGAAACUCUGAAGAAAGUACUUCUCGUACAGUAAUAUCUAAGCGUGAUGAAUUGCUUUGCUGCUAAACAUGUGGCAGACCUGCGAUAUACAAUUAUGUGCAUAUAUACAUAUAUUUGCGCAUUUACAUGGCAUUAGAAAAGGUAUAGACAUGGAUCUUACACAGUUAUUAUGCAGAAUAAAUCUAGGUUAAAAACAAUGAACUUGUAAGCAUUGA